GAUAUUUUCUCUUUGGCUCUCCCUCCUCCACUCUCUAAUAGCUGUCCCUCAUCCUCAACUUUCCUUUCUUCAUGCGAAGCUGAAUUGAGCUCCAUUUUCUCCUUCACCUCAGGAGCAUUUUUUACCAUGGCGAAAACCCUAAUUUCAUCGCCGUCGUUCAUCGGAACUCCUUUGCCGUCGUUCUCUCGCCAUAUCUUCCACCGGCGAAGGCUUAUUUCAGCUAGAGUGAAAUUCAGCUUCCAUGAGCUUCCUCCGAUUCAAUCUCUUCACUCUUCUUUCGAUUUCAACGCUGUUAUUAGCCGAGCCGAAGGACUUCUCUAUACGUUAGCUGAUGCCGCUGUGGCUGCUGAUCCUGGUGUUGCCUCCGAUGCCACUGCUGCUACUCCUCAGAAACCCGGUGGUUGGUUCGCUUUCAUUUCUGACGCUAUGGAAGUCGUUUUGAAGGUAAUGAAGGAUGGACUGGCAGCUGUGCAUGUGCCUUAUUCUUAUGGAUUUGCAAUCAUAUUGCUUACUGUCCUGGUUAAAGCUGUCACUUUCCCUUUGACAAAGCAACAGGUUGAAUCAACACUAGCAAUGCAAAAUCUCCAACCAAAGAUCAAAGCUAUUCAGCAACGAUAUGCUGGAAAUCAGGAAAGAAUCCAACUUGAGACUUCGCGUUUAUAUAAGCAGGCAGGGGUCAAUCCUCUUGCUGGAUGUUUUCCAACUUUGGCUACUAUACCAGUUUGGAUUGGUCUCUAUCAAGCUCUCUCUAAUGUGGCAAAUGAGGGAUUGCUGACUGAAGGUUUCUUUUGGAUUCCUUCUUUGGGAGGACCGACUACUAUAGCUGCUCGACAAAGUGGAUCUGGAGUUUCUUGGCUAUUCCCGUUUGUGGAUGGGCAUCCGCCUUUGGGUUGGCAUGACACAGUGGCUUACCUUGUUUUGCCUGUCCUGCUAAUUAUUUCGCAAUAUGUUUCAAUGGAGAUAAUGAAACCUCCCCAAACAGAUGAUCCAACUCAAAAGAACACGCUUCUGGUUUUCAAGUUCCUUCCGCUCAUGAUUGGCUAUUUCUCUUUGUCUGUUCCUUCAGGGUUAACAAUUUACUGGUUCACAAAUAAUGUGCUGACCACGGCACAGCAAGUAUGGUUGCGCAAGUUAGGUGGUGCAAAGCCUGUUGUGAGUGGAGAUGCUAGUGGUAUCAUCAGCGCUGGACGUGCAAAAAGAACUACCUCUCAGUCUGAGCAAGCUGGAGAGAGAUUCAGGCAGCUAAAAGAAGAUGAAAAGAAGAAAAAGUCAACCAAGGCACUCCCUACAGAUAAGGUUGAAAUAUCAGCCUCUACAUCUGAUUCCGAGGACGAAGCAGAUGAUGAGACCAAGCCCAAGGAUGAAGAAGUUCUAGAAGAGGCUUAUGCUUCUAGCAGUAGUAAAGAAGUUCCAAAUUACUCAGGUCCAAGGAAGAGUAAAAGAUCAAAAAGGAAGCGUGCAGUAUAAAGUGCUCGUUCUUCUGGUCAUGGCCUUGAUGGUGCGGGAUGAUUGCUAGUUGGGUUUGGCCCAGUGGUGGUGUAUGGACCUGUGUGUUGCCCUGCUUCACAACGGUUUGAUUAGAGACUACACGCAUAAACUAUAGCAGAAGAGAGACAACAUACUUUAGUUGGCAAUUUAGCUUGUAUAUUUGAUAAAUCUGUAUCUUAGUCUGUGUAUAGUGGCCAUUUUCAUGCCGGUCAGCUAUUUAAGGACUGUUUGCUAAAUGAAGAAAGCCUGAUGAGCUGGCAAAAUUUUUCGGAUUUAUUCAGGCUCUUUCAAGUGUAACCACGAGCUUAGCUAAGAAAAGCUGAAUUAUACCAUAUUCUUUAAUGUGUA